AUGGCUCCAGUUCCAAUUCAAUUAGAUGAUGAGAAAUACGAUGCUUCACAAUUUCAAUCUGCUCAUCAAGGUAAAACAAGAAAUGGUUCCAUAACAGUAAGUGAGGAAAAUCAAUCAUUAGCAUUAUAUCCUGAAUAUUUACCAACUUGGAAUCCAUUACAAAAAUAUCCACCAUAUAAAUUUCAAAAAUAUAUUGAUCCUGGAACAAAAGGUGAUGUAAAUUUUAAAAAUUUAUUUCCAUCAAAUUCAAAAGCUAAAGUUACUAGAAUAACUCCAAAAUUAGGUUCUGAAAUUUCAAAUCUUCAAUUAAGUUCACUUACUGAUUUACAAAAACAAGAUCUUUCAAGAUUUGUUGCAGAAAGAGGAGUAGUUGUAUUUAAAAAUCAAGAUUUUAAUUCAAAAGGUCCACAAUUUGCUACUGAUUUUAUGAAAUUUUUUGGUCCGUUACAUAUUCAUCCUACAUCUGGUUCACCAGAAAAUUUUCCUAAUAUGCAUAUAACUUUUAGAGGUGCUUCACAACAAGAAAUUGAUUCAGUUUUUGCAAGUUCAACAAAUUCAAUAUCAUGGCAUAGUGAUUGUUCAUAUUCUUUAAAUUCUUUAGAAUUAACAUUAUUUUCAUGUUUACAAUUACCAACUGGUGGAGGUGGUGAUACAUUAUUUGCAGAUGCAGUUGAAGCUUAUGAAAGAUUAUCACCUGCUAUGAAAGAAAGAUUAGAGGGAUUACAUAUAUUACAUUCAUCAGUUGAACAAGCUCAAGCAAAUAAAAAGGCUGGAGGAAUUUUAAGAAGAGAACCUGAAACAAAUAUUCAUCCCAUCAUUAGAGUUAACCCAAUAACUGGAAGAAAACAUUUAUAUGUUAAUAAAGAGUUUGGUAGAAGAAUUGUUGAGUUAAAAAAGGAAGAAAGUGAUUACCUUCUAAAAUUUCUUUAUGAUCAUAUUGAAGGUGCUCAUGAUUUACAACUUAGAGUAAGAUGGGAACCGGAUACGGUAGUAUUGUGGUCAAACUCCACUGUGGUCCACAGUCCCUGCUGCGACUUCUCAGAACCGGAAAUUAGACACUGUUAUCGAUUACUGGUGCAUGGGGUUAGGCCUGUAUCCGAUUUGAAGUAUUUGAAUGAUGAAAAUUACUUGAAAGAAAAAUAUGAAGAAUUUGGUAUCAAAUUUAAUAAUGGUGUUUAA